UAAUAUUGAGCUUCUCCCCUCCAUCCAUGUUCCAAAACACGUUUGGAUUUAAUCUCAUUGCAAUCAAAGCAGAGACAGUUUUCAACAGAAAUCGCAUAUGCACCAGUUUCCACUGAAAACAUGGUCUUCUCCACAGGACUCCUGCAAGAAAACACACUUUUAUUCCUCAGUAGGUGACAGCACGGCUUACAUUAAGGCGUCUUUGGCGUCUCCGUAGUUUAUUAAUUGUAUGCAGGUGUCAAAAUAAUUUAUCACAAAUGCACAUGGGCGCAGGCUGCUCUCAUUCCUAAACUUCAUUUACAGCGUCAAAGAAAGAGGACCGACGUUUUCAGCGAAGGUAUUAUCAGUCGUUUUUAUCUUGCAACAGUUUCACAAUUUGCCCUCUGCUAACAAAGUAGCGCAAAUAAGAAGGGGAGGGACGAACGAGUUCCGUUGGGCAGCUUUGUAUCCAUUGUUUGCUUGUUUGUCUGCUCUCUCUUCCCUCCUCUGGGCGACCUGAGAGCGUUCUCUUCUACGCAGACUCAAGAGCAAACGAACGGCGCCAAAUUAUUCAGCUUGAAGCGGCGAUUUGCGAUUGGGCAUUUUGAAAAUCUCCCGCUGCUCAUUUGAGGAGCAGCGCCCUAUAGCGAGAGAGGCGGAGUUAGGUAGCACCGCCCUCCCUGGAGCUGCCAGUUUUCAUUCUGGUCCGCAUACAGAGUAUAUAAUUCAGCCGAGUUCUUUUCGCUCCUGCAUAAACCGGUUCUCUCUUUGUUUGUGCGUCUGCUGGGAAGAUGUCGGGUCGCGGCAAAGGCGGGAAGGGGCUCGGGAAAGGGGGCGCCAAGCGCCACCGCAAGGUGCUGCGCGAUAACAUCCAGGGCAUCACGAAGCCUGCGAUUCGCCGCUUGGCUCGCCGUGGAGGAGUCAAGCGCAUCUCUGGGCUGAUCUACGAGGAGACCCGGGGCGUGCUGAAGGUUUUCCUGGAGAAUGUCAUCCGCGAUGCCGUGACUUACACGGAGCACGCCAAGAGGAAGACCGUGACUGCCAUGGAUGUGGUCUAUGCCUUGAAGCGCCAGGGCCGCACUCUGUACGGAUUCGGCGGCUAAAUAUUCCUGCAGCGAACAACAAAAUAUCCAAAGGCCCUUUUAAGGGCCACCUACUCAUUCAUAAAAAGCUGGAAUUUUCCUCAUAGAGUAACGUUAACAAGGUAGGGAUGGGAGCUUGUGAAAAGGCGGUAGUUGCUUGAUCUGCAACUGGUCCGACGUGUAUGUACGUAAAUCAAGAAAGUCGAGAUGUGCGGUGGCCUUUUACGGUUCCGUUAAUUUUUUUAAAAUGCUCCGAUGCAACGCCGUGAAUCGUUUUUUUGUCUCCCGCUUCUGACCGUUUUUUGGGUUAAAAAAGCCCCCUAUUGGUUCUUCAGUGAAAUUUCUAGGGGAGGCAGCCUUGGAUCACGGCCCUAGGUUAACCUCGAAGGGGCUUUUUGCGCAGAACUCCGCUCCUCCCCUCGCUGUCCCCCGCUAGACACUAGUGACUAGAGAGUAAGGCUCCAAACUGGCUUAGCAGCCGCAGGAGGAUUCCGGACGCGGGGGGGGGGGGGAGGGACGGGCAGGCAGACAAAAGCCAGCGAACAAAAGCCUGGUCUCCGGGCAGGAAACCGCGACGCCUCAUUUCCCAGCAGCCUUUGUGCCCAUUGGCUUUGUUCGCCUCCUUGUGACCUUGUGCUGUCUGUGGCCAAUGAGAACCUGUAGCGUCAUGCCGUCGCUUAGAGACGCAAAGCACUCUGGGAUAAGUAGUUCCCAGGCGGUCCGCGGGAUUCGGAUCCGGGCUGCGCCUUCUCCCUCGCUGUGGGAAAAGGGACGAUGACAGCAGCUGGAGUCCCUUCUCUCAGGCAUCCGAUUUUUCUGCCCGCGUUUCUUCUUUCGGAUUUCCCCCACCGGCUGGUCCAAAGCCAAGGGGGGCACUUGCCCCUCACCCUGAGGUCCUGCGCUCUUGUCGGGCUCUUGGGCACGAAGCCAGCUCCGGCAUGUGCUGUCCUGGUUGCCUGCCUUCCUUCUCGAUUUGCCUCCUCCAGCUCUGGUCGUUGGCCAGGAGGAUAACAUUCUGGCUUUGCGGCAGCCCUCGCCACGCCUCUCUCUGUGCUUUCGCUGCGGAGCCUUCUCGGCAGGAGGUGCUCGCUGAGAUGAAUUAUCUCGAGAUGUGUCAGUUGAAAUGCCUCCCUUCUAAGGGUGGUGCCGGUGAGUGCAAUCAGGAUCGCAGCCAAGGCAGGGAAAAGGAGAAACAAGAGGGGAAGGGAGCUUGAAGAAGUAAAUCUCUCUCCCUGCUUCCUCCCCCAUAACCAGCAGUAUCUUAGCAGUAAUUAAAUAAUGGGUUGUAUUCAACUAACUUUUAUUUCCAGUACUCCCGCUUAGGUUCAUUAAUUCUAAUGGCUGUAA